AGGGCAAGGUCCUUGAGCUGAACUUCAAGCACAGCCUGCUGAAGGAGCUCGGGAGACACAGCGCCUUCCAGGCCUCGGCCGGGGACGACGCGCUGGCGCUGGAUUUGUCCAGGCUGCUGCAGGACUUGGCGGAGCUCGAGGCCGCGGAACCCGACGACCCCAAGUGGGCGGACGCCUGCGAGAGGUGCCAGGAGCUUUUGCAGGCGCUGAAUGCCGAUGUCGAGACCAGCGAGGAGGUUCCCGCGCUGGGGAAGGCGGCGGAGGAGGAGGCAGUUACAGAGCGAGCAGAGAUCAGUCCAGCCAAGGCAUCGGACAUCGUGCUUUCCUGCGGCCGAUGUGUUCGUAUUGUGCGACCUGAUCGUGCCCGACGGGCGAUGAUCACCUUUGUCGAUGAGGACGCCCAGACAGUGGACGUGCUCUACCCAAAGCCCAAGGGCUGUGAGAAGCAGGAGGAUGAGGAGGAGGGCGUUGCUGUCAAGUUGGUGCAGGCGCUUCAGGACUUCGAGCAGUCAGGCCCCAUUCUCUCAGAGGACAGCCUGUACAAAGCUGCCAGCGCUGCCAAAGAGCAAGGCAAUCAGCUCUUCAAGCUCAAGGACUUCGAGGCGGCGGCGGAGUUCUACUCCGCCGGCAUAGCCGGCUUCGCCCAGCGCCCCAUCGCCCAGGGCGAGCAGGUGCUGAUGAAGAACCAAGACACGGAGAAGGUCAAGGGCGGCCUGACCAGAAGCACUGUUCUUUCGAUGGAUGCGGAGGGCUCGUGCGAGAUGAUGAAUGGCCAAGAAGCUCCAGCAAGUGAGCUUCUACCAGUCUGUCAAGAGCUACUACCACUCCACACGUCUUUGUACAUGAAUCGGGCACGAUGUCGACAGAAUCUGGGUCAACACAAGGAGGCUGCGCAGGACCUCACGGCAGUGCUCGGACUGUGGGAAGCUGCAGACAAGCGCUUGCUGCAGGCUGACCCAGAGAUGAAGGAAGCUCAAGAGAAAGGCCUCUACACUGCAGAGUAUCUCCGAGCUCGAUCCAGGCUUGCUCGAGGUCUUUCGAAAGCAGCCGCGCAGGAUGUGAAGGAGGCACUGGUGCGCAGCCCACCCGCAGCCACAGUGAAGCAGCUCAAGCAGCUCAAAGUGGAGGUGACGGCGGCACAAGAGAAGCAGCGCCAGGUGAAUGGACCCUUGGCCAAGGAGCUGGCCAAGCUGGUGAUCUCCCUCCGGGGUGGCCCCCAGAUCUCCUGAUUCGGAAAGUUGUGCAGCUGGAGAAGGAGACCUGCAAAUUGCAUGGAGAGGCGAGCUGGAAGGGAUGGGGUACCUCAGUCCGAGGGAUCCCGUAAUUCCUGGAUGCCGCCUCACGCCAGAGACUUGUGAGAAACCAGUUGUCAAGCUGAGCUUGGCGAAUGACUGGGCAAG